AUGUCUCCAACCUCAGUCCGCGAGGGUGGUCCAGACCUCAAAGGCCCCCUCGACUUCAAAGAUAGCCCCUUAAGCAAAGCCUCACGACAACCUCUUCUCCUAGGCCUCUUCCUCAACCUCCAAGACAUCAACUUCUCCACGCACCCAACGACAAAUACGUGGACCUUUGACUACAAUGUCUCCCUCGUCAAGCGCGCCGAGCAACUCGGCUUCGAACUGGCCUUCAGCCGCACCCAAUGGCUCCCCAAAGGCGGCUACGACGGCGAGGCCUCGCUGGACGCCUUUGUCGCCCUCGGGGCCAUGGCAGCUGUGACUAAGUCGAUUCUGCUCAUCUCUACUAUGCACGUCCUCUACGGACCCCUUCAUCCCUUGCAUAUUGCAAAGUACGGCGCUACGCUGGAUCACAUCGCCAAGGGUCGUUGGGGCAUCAACGUGGUGACGGGUCAUCGGGCUAUCGAGCACGAGAUGUUUGGAAAGCAGCGUAUCGAACACGACCAGAGGUACACCAUGGCUGGCGAGCUGUUUGACGUAGUCAACAGUCUUUGGAACGAAACGGAGAACAUCUCCUACGAGGGAAAAGUGUCGCCGUGGCGCCUCGAGAACGCGUGGGUCACACCCAAACCGCAUUAUGGCCGCCCGAUCCUCGUCAACGCGACGGGCUCGCCCGCGGGCAUCGAAUUCGCCGCGCGGUACUCUGACCUCAUAUUCAUCACCUCGCCGGGGACAGCUCACAUUGAUAGCGCGCUUGAGACGCUGCCGGCUCACAUUGCCAAUAUCAGAGCCGCUAUCGAGGCGCAGGCCCGCAGCGGGGUUAAGAUCAUCAUCAACCCCAUCAUUGUCUCCCGGGAUACGCCCGAGGAGGCGUUGGCGUAUGCGGAAAGCAUCGCUGAGGGUACCAAGAAGGUCCAGGCCGAUGUCAAGAAGUUUGGGACGGCGAACGGGGCGUAUGAUAGUGAUGCCCAUGCCUGGCGGGGCAGGAAGGAUGCCAAAGAGAACAAGGGGCUGAAUCUGGGAGGCAAUAUUGAGAUUAUCGGGUCGCCGGAGCAGGUCGUUGAGCAACUAGGUGCGUUGCACAAGGUUGGGAUCGAUGGUGUCCAAAUCAACUUUUACGAUUUCGCACCAGAUUUAGAGUACUUUGGUGAGAAGAUCUUGCCGCUACUCAAGGAAGCUGGGCUACGGGUAGACUGA